UGAGCGCACUGCUUCGGCCUGGCUCGAGACGACAAGUCUAGCUUCGCGACUCGCUCGAGCGGCGCUCGCGAGCCGGACGUCUCUCCCCUCUUCACCUCGCGGCAGCUCUCGCUCCGCCACGCACCCUCACCUCGCCGCCGCGCUCGGGUGCCCAUGACGAUUCCCGUCGGCGACAGGGCGGCGCGUCUCCGACGAAGUAACCAGCCGACUCGUCCGGCGCCGCCCAGCUCGUCGGCGCCGCAGUCCAGCGCUGCCGGCGCAGAAGCUGCCUCUUCCAGCGCAGCGGCAGACCAACAAGCCGCUGCGAGAGCCGCUGCUGCCGCCAGCGCAUCGCGCCGCUCGGCGCCCAGACGCAGCUCACCCACCGCACCGGCGGCACAAGGCACGCGCGAGGGACCGAGCCUCUGGCUGCACGUCGUCGGCGACGCAACCUUCGUCGAGCACGUUCCGGCAGGCCAGAGGCCGAGCAUGGGCUCCAUGAUCAGCCUCUUCACCCAGCGCAGCGCCUCUUCGCAGCAGCAACAGCAGACGGAGAGUGCGACACCCGAGCAAUUCAGCGCUCAAACCGAGCUGGUGACUGCGUCCAGCAGAAGCAGCAAUGCUCUCGCGCAAGAUCCGCCAACGGGCGGCUCCUCGAUUCGUCGUGCUCCGUCUCGGAAGAAGGAGAAGCGCAACAAGCGCGCCGAGCGCGCUGCCGCGCAGCAGGCGUCCGACGAGGAGCUGGCGCGGCAGCAGCAACAGCAGCGGCAGCAGCAGCAAGAGCAGCAGCAGCUGCAGCAACAGCGCCAAUGGGCGUCAUUUGUGCCGCACGUCGUCAUGCCGCACUGGCUCGCCGAGCUGGUCACCUCGGGCCGGCACGCAGCCGCCAACGAGGCGCACAUGCGGGCGCCGCUCGCAGAGCUCGAGAAGGCGGCUUUAGCGGCGCAUGACCGAGAGCACGGUGCCACUGGCUCGCGAGCAGUGCCACAGCGGGUGAUGUACGAGAACCUGCGCUACGCGCAGUCGCUGCGAGAGCUGCAGGAGUUGCACGGCACUGUGACUCGCGAAGCCGAUGCUGUCACGUCGCAGCCGGUCGCCACCGACGAGGCCAAGCCUGCCGGGCAGAACUCGAAGACGCAGCGCAAGAAGGCGCAGAAGGAGCGAGCUGAGGCGAGAAGGCAGCAAGAUGAGCAGCGGGCCGCCUCGCAGAAGCCUGAGCCGCAGGCAGCUCGUGCCUCUUCGCCCGCUGCAUCGCGCGGCACGCAGCCCGACGAUGCGGCAUCGCAGUCGACGCGAAGCAGCGUGCGUGCACCAUCGCCGCGCCUGCGGGUCUCUCGCGAGAACACGCCGCGCUCGUCGCUCGACACCACUGCGACGACCAGCGCAGAGGCGCGUCCGAACAAGAAGCUCUUGAAGGCGGAACGCAAGAACAAACGCUCGACCGAGAGCACCACGACGCCUACACCAGUCGUCGCGCCGGCUCAUGCAGCCUCGACUGAUGAUGCGACAGCGACGGCGGCGGUCGAGAGGUCAGCGCGCGCUGAGAAGCUGGCGCCCACCGCGAAGCCGGCAUCCACGAAGAAGCAGCCGGCAGUCGAGAAGCCGCCACCAGUCGAGCAGCCGGCUCUCAUCAAGAAGCCACCACUAGUCGUGCAGGCGCCACCCACCGAGCCGGCACGGUCGAUCACGAGGUCAUCGGCAAUCGAAAGAGGUACGCCAGCCGAGGAGCCAGUUCGAGUCGAGAAGCCGGCGCAGAGCGGUAAGACGGUGCCAAAGAGCGAGAAGACGGACGCGGGAGCCGCGAAGCAGUCCGUGCCGGUCGCACCACCAGGCAAGACGGCACUCGAGGCGCCUCAAAAGCCCGUCACAGUCGCGACGCCGCAAGCCAGGACGUCUUACACGGCGGCCGCAAAGCCCGUCAAGAGGGACGAGGCUGUGCAAGCGCAGGCGGGCGCACAGGCGUCCGUGUCGACAGCCAAGCCUGCUGCUUCUACGACGCUAGCGAACAACGUCUCGGCCCGCCCGCCUGUGUCUUUUCAGGAAGUCGUGCCAGCUUCGUCCGCUCCACCACCAGGCCCUCCACCUCUUCGUCCGCCUGGUCUUGCGCCUGGCCCUCCGCCGGGUCUUGCGCAGGGUCGGCCGCCUGGACUUCCGCUCAGGCUUCCGACGGGUCCUCCACCAGCGCAGCCCUUCGCCAUACCGCCGGCGCAGCCCGUCGCCAUGCCACCAGCACAGCCCGUCGCCAUGCCACCAGCACAGCCGGUUGCCGUGUCAUCAAAAGCGCCAAAAUCAACCCAGCGGAGGCGUGGCAGAGUCAACCAGAAGCGCGUCGCUCAGGAAGCAGCAGAGGCCGAGGCGCGCGCUCGCAUCAUUGCCGAGGCAGUGCGCGUGUCAGAGCAGAACGGGCCGGCAGUCGCAGCUGCAGCGCGCAAGGCCGCCGAGGCGUCAGAAAGCGCCAAGCGAAGGGCGAGGAUACCCUCGAAGCACGAUGCACAGACCGUGCCGCAAGAGCAGCAAAUGCCGUCCAAGUCAGCGCCCGUCGCGAAGCCUGGUCACGCAGAUGCCUCGCUUCGUGGUCACGCGCGGCAUGCUUCGCGAACCGACACGGAGAUGUCGUUCCACACGGCCAACAUCGCAGGACCGUCCUCGCCAGCGGGCUCGCCAGACGUCUCGACGGCCACCGCUGGGCUCGACUGGGUCAUGGCGCGGAUGCAUCAGACGCCAGAAACACCUCCGCGUGCAAGCGCCGUCGACGCCAGAGGCUGCGAUCCGGCUCUGUCCAGCGAGACGCUCUCUGAGCACCUUCCGAGCACUCCACACCGAGCUCAGCCUCCGGCGGUCGACACGACGCCGCAUGCACACAUCGACCGCAGCCUCGUCGGCCCGCAGCAGGUGUCGCAAGCGGGCGACACGCCGUCGACUUCGUGGGACAGUCCGGCCGACCAGAGGUCGGACUGGACGCGCCUGAUGACGCCCGCUCUGUCGGUCGACACUCUCACCUCGGCGCAGACGACGACCAGUCUCGACGAGCCGCGCACGUCGUCAAUCGCGAGCGAGCGGCGAAAGGACCGACAGCCGUCGUGGCAACCUUCCAUUGCUCUCAACGAGGAAGAGGAGGUGCAGGACCUCGGCCUCGGCGCAGUAGCUCGCAACCUCGGUCUCGGUCUGCUCUCGUCUCCGAGCCUGCCGCUUUCGACGUCCUCUGCCUUGCGCACUCCGCAUCCGCGGCCAGCGCUAGCAGGUGCACGGCAGUCAGACACCCACCCACGCGAGCUGCAGUCGCAGACGUCGCAGUCCAGCGGCAGCGGCGAGCCGCGCCUCUUCGACCUGCCGAGCGAACGGGCUCAACGGCUGAUGCGCACUGCCAUCUGGGCGCAGUCGGGCCCGUACGCGCCGCCGCACACUCUGCUCGGCGAGGAGCAGCUCAGCUUUCUUGCUCAGCGGCGCACCUCUGGGGCAGCGCAGCAGUAUCUGCACACUGCCUCGUCCAUCUCUGCUCUGGAGCUGGACAGCGCGGCCAGCAGCUCGCGCGACGAGACGUACUUCGUCUUGUCCUCGCGCAGUGAGGAGUUCCUCGACGACGAGACGCCUCUGCCGCCGAGCUCGGAGCGACGCACGCCUCGUGUCCGGCCGCACCAGCGGCUCUCGUUCCAGCAGCGGCUCUUCUUCGCCCUGCAGUCGAUCACACGGCACGCAUGCUUUAAACUCGUGCCUGAACUGGUGGCGUCGCGCGCAUGGGCACGAGAUCAGCCCUCACUUCUCGAGCCGCUGCAGGCGCAGCCAACACUGCGGCGACGACGACAAAUCUUUGCCGCGCUUGUUCAGACGAUGCCGACGUUCGAGGACAUCCACGUGCGGCGGGCUGCCUCGCGCGAGCAGCGGCUGCGAGAGCUGUGCUGGGUCGGCAUUGAGGAAUACGUCGGCAGAGAGCUGCGCUCAGAGUCGCCUCAGCGAGGCAGCUCCGGCAAGCAGGGCGCUCGGCUCGUGUGGCUCAUGCACUCUGUACAGCCGCCCGGCGCCCGACUCAGCUUUUCGCCUGUUGCUCGACGGCAUCUCUCUCCGAAGAGGGCGCACGAGCCUGUCACGCCGGUCCGUCGGCAGCCGUACACUACCGAGCCGAACACGAGACGCACGUCAGCAAGCCGUCCGGAAGUGCUCGUCGAAGGAGACGUGGGCGACGAGACGAUCCGCCCGAUCAAGACCGGGCUGAGCAUCAAGAUACCGGAAGCAUCGGCCGUAGUGCCAAGCACCGCCGCGAAGUCUGCUGCGAUCGAGUCGCUGAGCACGGUCUGGCCAUCUUCGCCUGGAUACCCGGAGCUUCGCGAGGUCAACAUGUCUCCGACGACCGACGGCAGCUCGGAGGGCAACACGAGUUUGACGCCGGCGCCGCCGUCCGACUCUCGCUGGCUGCAUCCGCCGCCCAGCGCGCACUCGGGCCAGCUCCACUACGACGUCCGCUCGCCGUGGCUGUUCCAGCACCCACAGUACUUUGCUCCCUCGUCGUACAACGGCGGCUGGCGGCAUGACUUGCUCUCUUCGCCGGUGCUCAUGCCCGUUCCGGUGCCGAACGCCAGCAAGCGCGACAGCGAUCGCUGCUGGCUGCGAGAGCUCGAGUCCGUCGGGACACUCGAGUGCGACGCGAUCGACGACUUCUUCGCUGCAUCGGAUGCCGUGUGGCGAGAGCUCGUCGGCGACCUGGCUGGCGAGCCGGAGUACACGACUGAGGAGCAGUUCGAGCGGCAUCGUGCGCAGGAAGCAAACGCGCUGACGGUCGAUGAGAUGAUGGAGCUCGAGCAGUCGAUCCUCAUGUCGCCGACAAAUGCACGCACGCACGGCCACGACUCUCAGUGGUCAGCUGGCGACUCCGCACAUGCAGCGCAAGGCUCGCACUAUGGACCAUCGCACCGGCAAAGACGACAUCAGCAUCAGCAAGAGCCGCAGCCGCAGCCGCAGCAAAGAUUCAAGCCGAUGCCGCCUCGAGGAGAGACGCCCGCGCGGACUGCUCUCUAUGUCAGAUCAGGGACGAGUGCGGUGUCGCGAGCCACCAGCCUGGGCCAUCGCAGCGCCAGCAGCCAGGCCUCACGAGUGGGCGGAUCGAACAGAGCAGCCUCGGGCGCACAGCAGCAGCAGCCGCGCGCCGCCAAUGGUCACACGAGUCCGCAGCACAAGCGCUCGUUUCGGACUGGCUCAGAGAGCCCAACUUUCGUCAGGCGGCACGCUGUUCCCUUCGCUCCUCCCGCCAACGGCCUCAUCGAGCUGGAGCGCGAGACAAUUCGCCAGGCGAGGCAGAUGCGCAGCGCUCAAAGCGAGGUGUCGAGCUCGGAGUCGGCGCUCCUGGCGAUGUCGAUGCGCCAAGCAGGCCUCGUGCCUGCCAACGGAGCCGCGUCGCACGACGUCUCGUGGUCACCAACCGCCGGCCACGGCCACUUCGACGACGAGCGCGCCGCAGCGCUUCGUGCCGCGCACGCGCGACUGUCCAGGUCGAAUGACUGGAACGGCAUGCCGCCGGACGAGCUGCAAGCGCGCAUCGGCGCGCAGCAGUACAUGGUGCAAGAGCUCACGCGAGAGCGCAAUCGGCUGCUGGCGCAGAACCAAGCCAGCCUCGCCUGGCAAGAGCAACAAGCGCAGGAGCACCUCAGUGGCCGCGCCUCGGCCGCAGCAUCGCAGCCGGACACUGGAGUCUCGCUGCCAGACCUGACCCAACUCGGCAACGCUUUGAUGCUCGAGCUGUCACGCCGCAACGUCAGCGGCGACUCGCAGUACAGCGCACCGCUGAGCCCGGAGCAGCACCGGCAGCAGCAGGACGAAAUCUGGCGGCUCGAGAAUCAGCGGCGGGUGCACGAGCUCAUGCGCAACGGCGAGCGCAACGAGUGGCAGGCCGGUCCUGCUCCAGACUUGCGCCGCGGCUUUCCGCACGAGCAAGCGAUCAACGCAGCGCCAGCGAGGACCAUGCCAGGCGAGCAUCGGCCGCAGCCACGCGACGCGCGGCCGCAAGGCGGCCCUGCGCGCCGCCCUCGACAGCAUUUCGCCUCGGCGUCGCCGCGACAACCUCCCGCUGCAAGUCUUCCCCGACCGGUCGUCGACCUCUCGGCGCCCUCCGAGGUGUCGUACUCGGCCGGUCCAGCCGAGCAGCAGACGCCCGAGCGCCUGCGGCACAGCGGUGCGGCCAUCGACCCACGCUCGAGUCCGACGACGCGGCAUGCGCCGCGCAUCUCAUACGGCGCUCCAGCCGUGCGCGUGCCGGCAUCGACACGGCGGCAAGAGCAGAUGCUGUCUCGCCUCGCCAGUGCCGAGCCGCCACCGACGACGUGGCCAGCGCUCGCGACGACCUCUCCGCCGCGCGAGGAGACGCGUCAUGAGGGCAGCCCUGCGCGGGACAGAGCCAAGGCGGCAGUUGGCCACGCUGAGGACCCAACGCACGUGGACAACGUCUGGUCUCAGCGAAGCGCCGCGCUAGACCGCACGCGCGAGCAGCUGGUGCAUGCGGCGACUGCGGCGUCAGAGCAGGAUUCGCAGCGGAAGAGCGAGGGCUCGAGGCGCGGACGCGGUGCGCGACAGAUGCCGAAGCAGCGAUAGAGGGAAGGUCACGCAGGAGGGAACACCACUUGAGGCUCGUGCUCGCAAGCGGCAGGGCGCAAGAGGCAGUCGAGGAGGGCACGCGAAUGGAUAUGAUGGAGAGGUGCCGCGCCAGGUGUGGAAUGCGUGGGCGCAGGUGGCUGCACCACGAGCUGGCCUUCGGGGUCUUUGCGACCUACACGAUAAUGUCACGCAAGGCAGCACCGCAUGACACACACGCGAGCGCUUGCUUCAAACAACGAGGCGCACGGCCAUC